AUGGAGAUUAGAAGCAAAUUAGAUACCAACAAUCGUCCCGAUGAGUGGAUGAUUGAACAGGGCAUGGCAGGCCACAAACUGCCUAUUCUCGACCAAACCGAUGGAAAAGAAACCAUACACUUGUACCCUCCCCAACCAUCAAAGAUCAUCCAAGACAAGAAGGCAAUCCGAGCAGUUGGCGAUCGUAAUAAACUCUUUGCCCGGGAACGACAAGGUUGGGUGGGUUACGUCGAAUGGGAAGAUUAUCCAGAGAAGAAGGCCAAAGCCCACACGCUCUUGACUUCCCAAACAUUUCCACCGUGCCCAGACUUCCAAUUUGGACCGAUCCCGGGAACCAAUCCUGUUCUUCCUGGAGACGAUUUCAAGGCAUGGCACACUGCCAUUGGCGGCGAGAUGGCAUCAGUUGCCGAUGAUUCCUGGAGAACUGUUUUGAAAGAGAAGCACCCAGAUAUGCUGCAUCUUUUGCAAUUUCCCUACAACGGAGAGCCUCCUAAGCGACUGGUGACCUCGAAGGCAAUCACACCAAACUCGCUCCACUUCGUAAGGAACCAUGGUGGUAUCCCGAUCAUCGAUAGGAACGCAUUCGAACUGAAGAUGGACGGGUUGGUGAAAACCCCAAAGAAGUACACGUUGGACGACCUCAUGGACGAGUCGAGAUUCCCCCGUGUGGAGAAGACAAUUACGAUGCAGUGCUCUGGAACUCGCCGCAUUGAGCAAAUCUCACUCUAUGGUGGCCAAGGUGACGAAGUGCCACAAGCUCCCUGGGCAGAGGGCGCCAUCGGCACGGCUCGAUAUACGGGUAUCAGUUUAAAGAAGGUAAUCAAAGACUGCGGUGGUCUAGUCAAGAAUGCCAAACAUCUCGAAUUCUAUGGCGCUGAGACUUAUGUCAAAGAUCUUGAAGUGGGCAACUAUGUUGUCAGUGUUCCUUGGUCUAAGGUCAAAGCUAAUGAGGUUAUGCUGGCCUGGGAGAUGAAUGGUGAGCCGCUCCCUAAGAUUCACGGCUAUCCGUUGCGAGUGAUGGUGAUGGGCUAUAUCGGGGCCCGAAGCGUCAAAUGGCUUUAUCGCAUCAAGGCCAUUAAGAAUCCCACGCUUGCCCCGGUCCAGUCUAGGGAAUAUCUGUACUUCAACCAGCAGGUGGGCAAAUACAACCUGCGCCCAAUCGACGGCAUCCAAAUCCAAGAAAUGCCGGUCAGCUCGGCAAUCAUGUCUCCAUGGACUAAACAAGUGAUCUUCCACAACGGCAAGAUUCACUGUAAGGGCUGGGCUUACUCUGGUGGUGGCCGAUGGCCCGAACGUGUGGAGCUAUCCGCCGACGGGGGCUUCAAUUGGUAUGCGGUACCGGAGGAGCAACUGUCUAAGAAAGGUAAAUGGACAUGGCGAACAUGGGAGAUUGAUCUCCCAUGUGAUGUGGAAGGUUGGGUCGAAAUAGUCUGCAGGUGCUGGGAUAACUCGCUCAACACACAACCGCUGAACGUACGUGCCGCAUGGAACUGGGGUCUUCACGUUACAUCCUCGGCCCAUCGCAUUAAGGUAUAUAGUGUCAACAAGAGUCGAGAACUCACCAAGAAGCGCAUCGAGAAGUUCGAGAAGAUGGAUAUUCCUUUGGCCCCUCUCACUCGUUAUGAUGCAGUUCCAGGCCUGUCUGAUAAGGAAUUGGAUCAGUACUGGAAGGCCCAUCCCCGUGAUGUUGAUGAGUGA